GUUAACUCGAAAUACCUGUCCAAUCUUAUUAAUCCGCCCUCGGACUGGAGCUCCUCUGCCCUAGAAAAACCAGAGAUAAUACCACAGGCCAUCCAAAGAAUCGAUCCGUUUGUUCUUCACGUCCUCUUAAUCCCACAUUAAUGGCGACCAAAACCCCCAUCUUUCCAAUGCCGAUUCCCCACCACUACAGCGACUACGGCUUCGAUCCCGAGAUCGACUACUUCCAGGCUCUGGAAGAAGCGCGGAGACAUGGAAAGAGAAGCGACGGGUCUCGAUCGGCGGACGCGCUGCAUUUCAAGCUACAGAAGCCGAUUUCGAAGGAGGAGAGAACGAAGUCGAAGAAGAGGCGGCAAUGGUGGAAGAACGCGUUUGGGCUUAUUUGGAAGAGCGGGAGAAGCGUUGGUAGAAGCGUCGGCGGCCGGGUUCCGUCGGGGCCGCUGUACGCGACGGAGAGCAUGCCGUGCCGGGCGGUUCGAGCGAAUUCCGGUCCGCUGAGUGCAGCUGAGUUCAUGGAGACCCAGGUGCCGUACUUUAGCCUUAGGGAUCUUAAUCUUCUGGAGAGUAAUGAACUCUCCGCCGGCGAAGCGACGAUGAGGCCUAUCUAUCUCGUUACUUGAGUGUUUGAGAAGGUUUUGAUAUUGAGCUUGAUUGCUCUGCUUUGUCUUCUUCUUCUUCUUCUUCGCCUGAGGUUUGUUGUUUUCUUCUUUUCUUUUUUAUUGAUGGAAAUCAGAUCUUUAGCCUUUUGCUGGCUCUGCGGCAAUGGCGAUGAACUGAGCUCUGUAAAGUUUUCAUCUUUUUGGACUUCUCGCGUGCGCGCACGUCCUGUUGUCUUCUGUCUUUUUGCCGUAGUGGUGGCUUUCCGGAUUUUACUGAAAGUUGAA